AUGCCGAAGUCGAAAGAACGUCUCCACCGCCAGAAACCCAAAACGCGACAGGCCACCAUCUUCGAUGCUUGUGCUGGCAGAGUGAGUGGUCGCGGAAAACUGGUACGAGAUGUUCGGGAGGAUCAGAACACCAGAUCCGGGCGGAAAAUACGAUUAGCACCCGAAGAAGCUCUCCUCAAACGAUAUUGUGCCCCCGAUGGGCUGGAGUCGAGUGCCCUCUACUUCUCUGGCACUUCGGACCUUCGACCAGAUCUGAUCCCGGACUCUGAGCUCCUUCGCGCAAUUCAUCAUUAUACAACCCACCUAUUCAAGGGUCUCGGCGCUGGCGAAUCCGACCCAUGUUGGGGAGCAUUCGAUGGAACGGCCAUGCUCGCACUUGGGGUGCUGGUGGAGGAGACGGUUCGCGAGCUUGUCGGGGACUCGGGAGAUCUAGCGUUUGUCGGCGGGGUCGAGAUCAAGAAGGGCGAGUCGCACGACCAAAUGGAAGAGAAGCUGGAUAUCGAGACGGUAAUCGGGCCGAAAUCCACGGAGCGAAAGCAGGGAGGGAGAUGGGAGGACGGGAUAUUCAUCGUUCCCGAGUGA